CUACUUGUCAAUGUCAAACAACGUAACGUGAAAAGAAACAAAGAAAUCAAAAAUCAAACAAAACAAAAUUAAAGAAAUUAUUAAUUAUAUUACAUUCUAUUUGAAUUGAAGGAUUUAAUCAGUAAUUUAUUCUUAUUGUUUUGCUGCAAUUUAUUGUAUUCUGACACUAUUAUGAAAACCUCCGUAGAAAUAGAAUCUUUACGGACGGAACACGAGUCCGAUGAACAGUGGGAAGUGCGAAAGAAUUUUAUGAUGGAGCAUAAAGACAACUUUGCUGAAGAGGAAUUAGUAACUUUGGCACAAUUGUUUACCAAUAUCGAAUUCUUGGGAUGCAGGUACCCUCCGCAGACCAUGAAGAGGAUAGCUCAGAUGUCAGAGAAGGUUUCGGCGAAAUAUCGGGAGAGCAGGAAGAACAAAUUGAAGAGGACUUUUGUUCAGGCCAGCGACGCAGCGGAGCAGAAAGCAAAGAGGUCUUUCAAAUAAAACUAUUCCAUUUAAA